AAGGCCAUUUUUGAAAAUUAGCAUACAACCUCCAAAAUGAUUUCAUCUCGCGUAGAACGUUUUCGCCAAUGUUUCAUAUCCCAUCAAGUUUUUGAGGCCUUGCAGCCAUUGUUUCUCAUAACCUUUCUGUAUGGCUUGACACCAUUUCAUGUGGCCAAAGACAAAAGCGGUGAAAGUGCAGUGCGUAUGUCCUUUUUCGGUUUUGUCAAUAUUGCUUUGUAUACCCUGCUCUAUGGUUCCUGCUACAUUGUAUCCCUGCUGCAGGAUGAAACUGUCGUCGGUUAUUUUUUUCGCACGGAAAUUUCCAAUGUCGGUAAUACUUUGCAAAUUUGUAAUGGUCUUAUAACCGGUGCGGUCAUUUAUAUUUCGGCUGUAACGCAAAGGCGAAAGUUAUUGCGCGUCUGUGAAAUACUUUUCAAUUUGGAUGACAAUUUUGCCAAUAUAGGCAUAAAAGUGAAAUAUUCUCGCAUCUAUAGAUUUUGCAUAUUGAUGAUUGUUUUCAAAAUAUUAGUGAUUGGCUCAUAUUUUGGAGGAGUUCUUCACUUGUUGAAAUCUAUGGGAAUAACACCUUCUUUUAGUGUUUGUGUGACUUUCUUUUUGCAACAUUCGGUGCUGUCGAUUGCUAUUUGUCUAUUUUGUUUUAUGGCAAGGAGUUUUGAGCGGCGCUUGGUCAUAUUGAAUAAGGUCCUUAAAAAUCUCUACCACCAAUGGGAUACUCGCACCAUUAAAACCAUAACGCAAAAACAACGUUCCCUACAGUGUCUUGACUCUUUCUCCAUGUACACAAUUGUCUCGAAGAAUCCCUCGGAAAUAAUACAAGAAUCCAUGGAAAUUCAUCAGCUCAUAUGUGAAGCUGCUUCAACGGCCAACAAGUAUUUCACCUACCAAUUGCUGACCAUCAUCUCCAUAGCCUUUUUGAUAAUAGUCUUUGAUGCGUACUAUGUGCUGGAAACGCUAUUGGGCAAAUCGAAGAGGGAAAGCAAAUUCAAGACAGUGGAGUUUGUGACCUUCUUUUCAUGUCAAAUGAUUUUGUAUUUAAUAGCCAUUAUAUCGAUAGUGGAGGGCAGUAAUCGAGUAAUUAAAAAGAGUGAGAAAACCGGUGGCAUUGUCCAUGCCCUGCUCAAUCGAGCCAAGCAACCCGAGGUCAAAGAAAAAUUGCAACAAUUCUCCAUGCAAUUGUUGCAUCUUAAAAUAAGUUUUACCGCCGCAGGCCUAUUUAACAUAGAUCGCACCCUAUAUUUUACGAUAAGUGGAGCUUUAACUACCUAUUUGAUUAUUUUGCUUCAAUUUACUUCAAGCAGUCCGCCUGCUGUGCAAACUGCAUGCAGCAUCCUUAACUCAACUGAGAUUGCAAAUGUUACACAAACUUAAAGAAGAGUACCAAAAAGUUUUUUUUUAAAUAUUUUUAAGUGUUAAAUGUGGUCU